AUGGAAGUGACAGAAUGCUAUUCUUGCCCGACAAGCUAUGCGCAAACCAUCCGCCUGCCAAGCGUGCCGUGUCUCCAAGGCCCGCCAGAAGGAGGCUACUAUGCCAAACGCCGGGCUAGACUUCAAGAACUGAGUCUGGCGCAUCGCGCUCCCCCAGACCAAGCGGAAGCACUGCCGAAUCAAGGUCAUGGCGAUCUGCCACCGACUGCCUUGAGGCAGGCGCUGGUGGAGCUAUACUUCGACUACAUUCACGACCAGUUUCACUCCAUGUACCACAAGGUUUCGUUCAUGGACGAUGUCGUAAACGACCGAGUACCCUCUAUUGUGCUUUUCGCGAUAUGUGCGCUCGCUGCCAGGUUUUCUACCGACAGUUUCUUCGAAGGAACAGAUCCGAGAGAAAGAGGCGAGGUUUACCGCAAGGCAAGCGAGAGAUUGUUCAACAUGCGCGACCUCACGCCUACCACAAUUCAAGCAUGCGUUUUGCUGGGAGCAUACGCUGCCGCGGGUGGUGAGACUGAUGUCGAAAACAUGUACUACAGCAUGGGUGGACGACUUUGUCUGGCCCUUGAUCUACCAAAUCGACCCGUCGCAAGUCUGGUAGAGCGUGAAGUCAACAUCAGAACUUGGUGGACACUGUGCAUGGUAGACGUUUGGUCAUCUACUGCGGUGAGAUUACCGCGCAUCAUGCCGUUUGACACCGCUGUGCCGCUCCCAAUCGAUGAGAUACCGUUCUCCAUGAUGAACGACGGGGAUAUCAGCGACCAAACGCACGGCAUGACCUCGCCUCUUCUCGCGGAGAUGGUCAAGCUCAAUCGGAUUCUGGCGAGGAUCAUUGACUUCAAUCGGCUCUGCGUGUCAGAGCAUCUCGAAGGCCUUCCGUUAGAGAGAGGGAUACGCGAACUUUCCCGCGAUCUCGACAUCUGGUUAGAGGAAGUCCCGCACCAUAUGCGUGACACGCCAGCAAACCUAACAGCCUUUGCAGCGCGCGGUCUUGGGCGCAUGUUUGUAGCUGUGUAUCUUGGCUACUACCACUACGGGCUGCUUCUGAACUAUCAGUUCUUGUCAUCUUCAAUCGAAGCAUCACCAGACUCCGGAAGAUAUGCUGAUGCUUGUAAGCAACAUGCCGCCCGACUUUGCGCUCUCGUCUACCGCUCACAGUCUACGCCUGGGAGCGAAGUCUUGUAUCCGGCGGUUUCACAUAUUCUCGUCGUUGCUUCUACCGUUCAGAUCCAUACCCUACUCUUUUCUGGUGACGAAAGCCAGAUUCGCAUCUCAAAGUCCAGAUUGGAACGCAAUUUCGAGAUACUCUUACGACUGAAGACCUAUUGGCCGAGUGUCGACGGUGCAAUGAGUCGUCUCCGGGCGUUCCAUCAAACCUGUCUCCGGAGCAAAGAGACCAGCUUCGUGCUUGAUCGGUGGUUGUUGCGCUUCUUGGUUCAAUUUGCGCCUCACAUGGAGCUCGAGCCAAGGGACAACGACCCUGAGUACGAAGCACUGCUGGCAUUAAGCAGGCAGUCCCCAUUGUCGUGCUAUUCGGGCCUGUCCAUGUGA